CGGCUGAGGCAGGCGCUCACUGAGCAGUGUCCCCCAUGUCGGACGGCCCCUGGGUGGGCAGCUGGAGGCCCCACCGCCCUCGGGCCCCCAUCGCCGCCCUCUACACCAGCCCCGGGCCCAAGUAUGGGCUCCCCUCCAGCGUCGGCUUCUUCGAGCACGACCCGUGCCGGACCCGCGCUCCCGCGUUCAGCUUCGGGCUGCGGGCGGCGGAGCUGCCGCAGCACCGGAGCCCGGGCCCCGUGUACCUGCUGCCUUGGGGCAGCACCGCCCGCGGCCUCGGCGGGGCCCCCGCGUUCUCCAUCUGCGGCCGGCCCCGGGACCUGCUGCCCUUCAGCACCCCCGGGCCAGGCCGGUACUCGGUGGAGCGCGCAGCCAGGAUCGUGUUCCCCACGGCCCCCGCCUGCUCCCUGAGCCCCCGCACCCGGCACGAGGCCGUGCAGCACACACCGGGCCCCUCUGCCUAUCACCUGCCCCCCAUGCUGGGCCCACAUCUUGUGAGCAAGACCUCAGCCCCCAGCUACUCCAUGACGGGGCGCAGCACUGUCGGCAGCUUCUAUGAGGACCUGUGCAAGAAUCCAGGCCCAGGCCGGUACCGCACAGUGGACACAGACGUGUACAAGCACCGGGCACCGCGGUUCUCCAUGGUGGCGCGGAACGUGCCGCCGGGGGACAAAACCGCCAAACCAGGCCCCGCCGCCUACAGCCCCCAACAGAGCCGGCCCCAGGGAGUGACCUUUGGUAUCCGCCACUCUGAGUACCUGGCGCCGCUCAUCGUGGACGUGCCCGACUAG